UCUGAUGGAAAGCAAACAAAAAUAUUGAAACAGUUCUCUCCAAAUUAGUAAUUAGAUUUUCGGAGUUAUUAGAGUUUAAUUUUUGAAUAGUGUUUAGCUAAAAUGUCUUUCUUAGCGCUUGACAAAUGGGCACGAUUGUUCCGAAUGAUUCGACAGGCUGGAGGACCGUUUAAAGCCUUCUAUAAACUGUGGAGGUUCGACACUCUGAAAGAAGGCAAAUACGUCGGUUGUGAUUGCAAUGGUAACAAAUAUUACACGAACUGUAACUACAUGAUUGGACGAAGUCGCUGGGUUGAGUUGAACAAUAAUUACAAAUGGGAUUACGACGCGACACAUAUAACGUCCGAGUGGUAUGGUUGGAUGCACUACAAAACAGACAAACUGCCUUGUGAAGAUAGUGCUAAGUACGAAUUGAAUUGCUCCAGUACGGCCCAUGCCUGGCUGCAACCAUUCGCUGAGAAUUUGACCGCGACGGAGGAAGCAUAUUACCCUUACAAUACUACCAGGGCUCGUAUCAACGUGUGGGACGGAUGUUCAUUAGGCAAUCGUGAGAGCUAAUUUUUCUAGUAGGUACCUUAUAAUCUAGUUUCCUUUGAUUUCCGUAAUAGAUU